AUGUCUACUGAAAAGAAAGCGCAGAAUCUGAUACGGUUUAACCCGGACCAGCUACCAUGGACAUCAUGGAAGUCGUUGUUAAAGAACUAUUUUGCCCUUGCGGAAAUAGCCGCCACGAAACAGAAAGAAGUGCUGCUGAACAGUCUGGAAGUCCGAGCCUUCCAAGACCUUGUCAGCGCCUGUCGACCAAAGGAGCCUACGGAGCUGUCGUACGAUGAGCUUAUCAAGAAGCUGGACGAUACGUACAUAAAGGUCACCUACCAAACGACUGAAUGGGCCUCGUUUUUCUCUACUCGACAGAAAUCCAGCCAAUCGCUAGUGGCUUUCUCUAACGAACUACGGGAUAAAACUUACACAUGUAAGUUUCCUGGGACGUUGUUGGAGGAUUUACUCAGCUCAGUGUUUGUGGCUGGAGUGUACAGCGAUACCACGAGGCGCCAUCUCAUGUCGCAAGAGCUUAAGUCCUUCGACGAGACACUGCAGAUCGCAAAACGGUUUGAGACUGGCCAGGAAGAGGCCAAGGUCAACAACAACCUCCAAGAAGACAUCGUGAAGGCGACCUCAUCCCGUCGAAGCUUCAAGCCAAAUGGUGGUGCCAAAGCCAAGCGAGCUCCAAACAGCGGUGGCGGCAAAGCGUGCUAUCGGUGUGGAAACACGAACCACGACCAAGAGCAAUGUCGGUUCAAGGACCAGAACUGUCGCAAUUGUGGCAAGGCCGGCCAUAUUGCGCGGGUCUGCAAGUCCAAACAGGCAAGCGGAUAUCAAGGAGGGCAACGCGGUAGCGGGAGCAGCCGGACAGGAGCCGUGUACGACAUUCUGCACACUAGCUCGCCAGACGGAAACCCGAUGCAGAUGUGCAUCAAGGUCAACGGACGGUCAGUAACUUUUGAACUGGACACCGGAUCCGGGAAGACCAUUGCAUCAAGGCAAAUGUGGCAAUCAGUGGGAUCACCUAAACUGUCCCCAUACAAAGGAUUGCUGCGCAGUUUCACUGGCCACACAAUACGAGUACUAGGCGUGUGCAAGGUGAACGCAGAGCACCGGAACAGCACAGCCAGUGACCUUGAGAUGAUAGUGGCUGAUAAGGGCGGCGGGAUCUUGGGAAGAGACUGGAUCCGCGCGCUAAACAUGGGCGACCUGAAGUUCAGCGAAUUGUCAACGUCAGCCGUUCACACGGUGGCGGAACCGGACACGCUGGAAAGUAUCCUCGCGCAGAACAAGGAACUGUUCCGGGAUGAGCUAGGAUGCUGCCGGACAUUUCAAGCGCAUCUAUACCUGAAGCCAGGCGCCAUACCGAAGUUCUGCAAACCACGCCCAGUGCCGUUCGCGCUCAGACAACCAGUGGAAGAAGACUUGGAGCGUUUGGUACGACUGGGAGUGUUGGUCAAGGUCGAUCGGGCAAAGUGGGCCGCACCAAUUGUGAUAGUCCGUAGAGUGAAACGGAAAGUGCGAACAUGUGCCGACUUGAGCACAGGGCUAAACGACGCGCUGGAUAUACAGAGAUAUCCGCUGCCUCUGCCCGAUGAACUGUUUGCAGUACUGAACGGAGGCGAAGAAUUUACGACAAUAGACAUGUCUGAUGCGUACCAUCAAGUUCCGCUGGAUGAGGAAAGCAGCUGGUUGGUGGUGAUCAAUACGCACCGUGGUCUAUUCCGCUACACACGACUGCCAUUCGGUGUGGCGGCAGCACCCAGCAUAUUCCAGCAACUGAUGGAAAGUAUGCUUAGUGGUAUCGAUUACCUGGCGAUAUUCCAAGAUGAUGUCAUCGUCACGGGACGGAACCGGAAGGAGCAUCUCGGAAAUGUGACGCAAACACUAACGCGCAUGAGGGAACAAGGAUUCACACUGAAGGCAGAGAAGUGUCACUUUCUCCAAGCCUCAGUGGAGUAUCUCGGAUUCGUGGUGGAUAAGCACGGGCGCCACGUAUCCGUCAGCAAGGUACAGGCCAUACUGGAUAUGCCGGCACCGGAAGACGUUCAGCAGCUCCGGUCAUUCUUAGGAAUGAUCAACCACUACAGCCGAUUCAUCGCUCAGCUAGCAACGAAAACUUACUGUAUGAAUUCGUUGCUGAAAGCGGAUGUCGAUUGGGCGUGGUCACGGGAGUGUGAAUCUGCCUUCCAAGGCCUGAAGAAAGAGCUGGCGGAGGCAACGAUGCUGGUCCACUACGAUCCAGCAAAGCCACUGAUACUAGCAGCUGAUGCAUCACAGUAUGGCAUUGGCGCAGUGAUCAGCCACCGCGGCCCGGAGCGGUACGCCCAGAUUGAAAAAGAGGCGCUGGCUCUGGUCUUCGGAGUGAAGAAAUUUGACCAGUAUCUGGCCGGACGCGAGUUCGUAUUACUCACCGACCAUAAGCCACUGGUCACGAUAUUCGGAAGUAAAGCCGGAAUCCCGAUCGUGUCAGCAAACAGACUGCAGCGAUGGGCAGUGGCACUGAUGGGAUACAGCUUCCGGAUUGAAUACCGGUCAACAGCGGACUUCGGGCAAGCUGAUGGACUCAGUAGGUUGCCGCUGCACUCCAAAGACAUGUUCGAUGUCAACGAUUGGGGAAUGAGUGAAGUGGUGCACCAAAUCGACGUUGAGCAGUUGUCCGAAACACCUGUCGACGCACGGAAGAUUGCGUCAGCGACCGGUAAAGAUCCGCUUCUUGCGCGCUGCAGACAUCUGGUACUGUCCGGAUGGCCAGAUAAGGCUCCAGCAGAUAUCCAGCCAUACUACCAGCGCCGAUUUCAGUUGUCGGUGGUCAGUGGUUGCGUGGUUUGGGGAGCAAGGACAGUGAUUCCAACCGCCCUCAGGACGCAGCUACUGAAUUAUCUGCAUCAGACCCAUGCAGGUGUAGUCAGGAUGAAGGCGGAAGCGCGCAGUCACUUCUGGUGGCCAGGAAUGGACGGCGACAUUGAACGCCUGUCUCAGAACUGUCCACAGUGCAGCCUGGCAUCAAAGAGACACCAAAAGUCCCCUGCAGCAAUGGCCGAUAGCGGAGCGUGCGUGGGAACGUGUCCACAUGGAUUUCGCGGGACCGUUUCGUAA